GCAGCAGGAGUGCAGUGAGCAAUGACUGGAGAUUGAAAAGUGCUGUCAUAUUUCAGUUUCUCGGCCGAUGCAGCAAGCUUGAGCUCUCCAAACCCGAAUUAGCUGUCGAUUGAAUGCUUUACGGCCAGCUAGAGCGAGUGCCAGAUGUGCAGAGUAGGAGAGGGCGUUGUUGAUUGUAGCGUAGUUCCAAUUCGCGGGUCAAAGACGUUUUCCGACCGCGUGGAUUUGACUCAUGUGAGUUCUUUUCCGCACACACCAGCUGCUUGAAUUGUACAUGUCAUUGUCCCGGGCCAGCUCAGCAGUACGCUGCUAGGCAGGGACAAGUAAGCAGCUGCAAUGCGUGGCCGUAUACCCGUAUCAGCCACUCUGGUCUCGCAGAAGAAGUUGCAAGUUGUCGCCAAAAUGGUAUGCGUUGGCGAGGGCGAGAUGUCGGUCGCCGCUUGGCAAGCAACGCUUUGCACGCUCUUUGAGAAAAGAUAUCCUCAGGAGCGCAUCAAUAUUGUUGCUGUUCAAACCGCCGGAGGAGCAGAGGUAGAUUCGGACUUCUUGCUGAGCGAUAUUCUGGGCCGACAUGAAGAGCCGGAACUCAUUGUCAUUGUGGAAGAUGCUGGCAUCCAUUUGCAGCAGUGGCAAUCGACCAUGGGUCGGAGUUCCCAGCUCUUGGCCAGCUUGACGCCUACAAAGCCUACGCCCAUCAAAUCGGAUGGAUUGUCAGCAAAGGCAAGAGCGGACCUUUUGCGAGACGGUAGAACGGCUUCUUCUGCCCAUGUGCCUCCAGGAUCCAUUUCGAAACUCAGGAAGAGCCCUCUCUCACAGGACACCAUCAAAUUGAUACGAGAAGAUAUUGCUCGGUCAGAGCUGCACCCCGCCCUAUCUACGUCGCUGAAGCGCAAAAGAUCUCCUAGUAGCGAGCACGACAGCACAAGAGAGCCCAGUGGCACAAAUUGCAGUGCGCAGGCUUCAAGCGGGGGCUCGCGAACUCCGAAGAUGCAAACAACGCGGAAUCUCACCCAGACAGAGCAUGCGAAGACCAUCACUGCGGCAGAAUGCGAGUCUUCACUUGUCAGUCCACAGAAGAAGGGGUAUGCCGACUCAUUGUCUCUCAUUCCGGACGAUAUGACAUCCAACCCUUCCAAUCAGACAGUCAGACGCGCUGCGGGCGCGAUUUGGCCAUCUGAAACAAAUUCCCUGACCUUACCUGUACCUACGACCUGCACUCCGGAUCAGGCUAUACACGAAUUUAAAGCCUCUGAGCACCAAUUACCUCAACAGAACACACUCUCACAGCGCGAUGCUACAAGCGAUGACGCAAACUCUGAUGACCUGGCGAGAUUCAUGUCAUCAGACGGCGACGAUGAUGAUGACGAUAAUCGAGCCGUACGAGACAAUCGACAAUCGGGAGAAGCAAUACCAGAACGCCGACAAGGCGAAGUGCGCAAGGGGUCAAGUCCUGGCACACCUCAUACAAAUGGUCAUUUCGCCUGGCGUCGUUCCAAGUCAGGCUCUCGCUCACCUCAUGGUUCGAAUGCCGAGUCCACGACUUUGCCAGAGGAUCUUCUUCUGCCUGAGACUGACGGAGAAUCGAUGGCUUCAAAAGAUCUCUCCGACAGCUCAUCCAGUCGAUCUGAAACAGGGAGCGCAGCGGCUUGGACGAGUGUCAACCUCGUGGCACGAGAGAAGUGCGAAUUGAGUGAGAAAGACGCGCAACAGGUACAAAGAAAGAGGUCCGAGUCUGUUGGCGCACGCGCGGCGUCCAGACAAUCUCCUGGUGAUAAUCACGACGCGCGAGGAUCUGAGGCGACCCCUUCCGGAUCUCUGAGACAUGCAAGGCCGUCGUUGGUGACAAGACCAUUCAAGUCGCUCAGCUGGCUUGCCAACCAACCAGUUCAGCGAGCAAAAGGCGAACUUCGUUCAGGCGAUGAGAGUCUGCCAGUAUUGGCUGUCGGCGACAAAAGUCCUCUGGCUGGAAGUCAUUUAUCUACGAAAGGUGCAUCGGCAAUCUCGUCUAGUGAGUCCACAUCUAGCGAAAGUGAUAGCGAGGAUUCGAGUCUGAACAACGACGGUGAUCUCAGUGACGCAGGGCUCCCUGCGAGCAAGAAAGCUAGUGCAACAAAUUCUCCUGCGAGAAGUGAGGCCCAUAUCAAGAAGUCGCGCGGCGUGCGAGGUCUACUCGGUUAGCACAAUCCUCUCAAAACAUAGGCUGCUCACAGAAAG